UUAUACUUGUUGCCACCCAUCAAAAAACCAGUAUUCCAAUCGACGCUAACAUUAACAAGGAACCCCUGUGCGGUCAUAGAACUAUCAAGGCCAAAGGAUGGAAUUAUCACCAGGGCCCUGAAUGGCUUUGGAUCACCGGCUACUUCCUCCGUGCAUAUUUCCACUUUGAUACCCAAGUUGGGCGCGGAAAAAAUGAUCCAAACGAAACAGUUCACGCCAUCACUCGACAUCUCCUUCCACAUCGCUCAAUAAUCGAGACAAGUCCUUGGGCCGGUUUGCCCGAAUUGACAAAUAAAGAUGGAGCAGAAUGUCCAUUUGCGUGUCCUACUCAAGCAUGGUCAUCUGCGACAUUGUUAGACCUGUUCGAUGACAUAAGAAAACUUGAGAUUUCCAUGACCACAUAA